AUGCAGAACAAAGGACAGGCUGCACCCUCAGCUCCGCCAAGUCAUGGCCAGCGGAGCAGCCGACAGGCGGAGGCGGAGGCCAUGCAUUUCACUGACGAGCGUUUCUUGUGGCCUAGUGAUACCACAAUACCACGCAACCCUCACCGUCAUGAGUUUCCUUUGCGUUUCCCGCUAAGCCGACCGGGUGGCCAACGGCGCCCGCAGGUGUAUCCCGUGCGUUUUGCUGCACUAGCUGCGGUUGUGAUGACUUACCUUCUGCUCCGUUGCGCCAGGCAUGUGGGGAACAUCAAUAUGCAUAAGGGCUCCCUGAGGUCGCUUGCUGCGGCUGGUGAGGAAGGGGAGAACCCUCAUGCACCCUGCGCACUCGCGGGGCAUAACGAGCCUGCAGGGGUUGCUGUAGGUGCCGAAAAUCCUGAGCAAGAACAAGUGCUUAUACGAGUCAAUCGCUACACACGAGAUUUGAUUCAGUUGAUGCAUGAGAGCAGACGCGCGUUGCUCCUCAUACAUCCGUCUCUUUCUGUGAAAGGGUUCACGAUCUUGGUGCGCUUCUGCGUAGUGGAACUGGCUGCCCUGUGUUCGUUGCUGCAGCAGCGGGAGCGGCAGCCAGUGGUGCAAGCAGUGGGCUAUAUUAAGUGGGAGAUUGCUUAUUUUGGUCCCCUCUUCUGGGCGCAUAGAGUACCCCGUACUGCUCUGCGUCAGAUCAACUGCAUGAAUGCAUUCCUGCGGGAGUUGCCCAGAAUGGACUUCGCAGGGAGCUCCAUGUCUCCCGUUGCGCGUCUCUCGAAGCUUACUCAGUUGCUCACGUUGCAGGAGGUGGCACUAAGACAGGUACAGGAGGGCGUGCGGCUCCUGGGUCUCUGCUUCAAAGGACAUGCACAGUCCCCCGAGGAUGAAGCUGUAAAAGAAGAACUGACUGCGCUGUACCACACAGCCAAUGCUCGCAGGAACUAUGUACUUUCAGACCGCGUGCUCGGCAAUUGGCUGCUACACAAACAUGUUAAGGCCACCCAUUUCGGAUUGGCAUCUCCAAAAAUAAUUCAAGGAAUUGUCGCCAGUCCCCCAAAGCCCUACGAAGAAGCUUUCAUGGAGCUCCUCAAUACCCCUUUGGGCUUAAGGCAACAGGAGGGGGGGCAGCACACUUCCGUGCCAGCUAAUGCAGACACAAAUGCGCAGGAGCUUAGGGGUCCUCUUCUAACGCAAGUCCGUGCUGGACAAGCAGAGACGAUCUCAAGCCCCUCGAAGGAAUCGAGCUCUGCUGAAGCCUCAGGGGAGUCUAGGGAGCCUUUUGGAGAUGGAGCGUCUGCUGGUCAGACAUCAGAACGGUUAGACGCUUCUGCGACUUCCGCAUUGUCUGACAGAUUGCGUUUGGCUGGGGGUGUAGGGGCUGCUACUGCUGCUGGUGGUGGGGUCGCGCGUUGGAGCUCUGCUCCUUCUACUUUCGUCAGUAAAUCUCUUCCGUCUACGGUCUCUAGCGUCCCUGCAUCCCCGCCUAUGUUGGGUAUCGACAGGGGUUCGGAGGCGUCGAGCUCUCCGAAAGCAUCUGCUCCCUUGGGAACGCCUCUGCCACUGAGUUCAGCUCAAGUGUCUCGAACGUCAACCCCUUCGGAGCAGUCGGUGACAUGGGAUUCAGCUAAAGUGUCUGCAAGGUUAAAGGCGUCCGACGCGCAAAUUUCAGUCGGGCGUUUCAGGCCGUCUCAAUCCCCACCACCGCAAUUGUUUGGUCACCUCGAAACUCUUGGGACCCCCUUGACUUCUGUAUCCGAAGUGCUGGUAGCUGAAUCCGAGCCCCAGUGGGUUGUAGAGCCCGUUGUGGGGUCGGCAUCCUGGCAAACGCCGCGCAUGCCACUAUCGGGAGAUCUUCAAGUAUGGAAAGGCGGUCCAUCGCAGGCCCAACGGGAGCUCGAGUCGGAGGAUGAACUUUCGCACGGGGACCAAGCAGAGCAAGGCCGUUGUGGUAUGCUUGCACCUCGCUCGCCUUCUUCUCAGCACAAGUCUUCAGGGGAAACGAGGGCAGUUUCUUCACAGGUGCAGCCUAGCGCUCAUCGACAUGCCUCUGGCCAGAGUCUGUCCGCCGCUCAUGGUGUUUCCAGCAGGUGGCGUUUCAACAAGCCAGCAAGCAUGCCAGCAGCCGUCCAACGCUCGUCUGUGGGUCCUGGUGCGCCUGCCCACCCAAUAGCAGCCGUCACACGCCGGCCGCUGUCUGGCAUUCAUUCUGGGGUUAUCCUACAACGAAAAUCCGGGCUCGAAGAGUCUCAGCCUCCAUUCAAAGGGGUGGCAGUAGGAGAACCAGCAGUAGGAGCAGACAAACCAGAGGCAGAACCAGCUGCAGGCGUAACAGCAGCUCUCUUUUAUCCAGCUUUUGGAGAUCCGAGCAAAGGCCUGCUGUCACUUCUGGCCCCCAGGGGCGAGACUGGCAAGAAGUAG